AGAAUGUUGCUGAUGGCUUGACGUUUGAAGAAACUAAGGAGAUGAGAAAUAGAGGACUUCAUUCUCCUGCUUUGAUGAAACUUACAAGGAAUGGUGUGUAUGUAAAUGUAGUGGCAAGAGUCAGGGAGGCCUUUGAGACUGAAGAGGUUGUGAGACUAGACUGCAGCCAUGUGGGCAUGAGUGACUGCAAAAGGAUAGGCGUGAAGCUAAGAGACUUGGUACCAUGUGUCCCUAUUUUAUUCAAGGAUGAACAGAUUAUACCAUGGAGGAGAAAGAAACAUCACCAACAAAAAUCAGACCACCUUCAGAUGCCAAACUGAAACCUUUGGACACUUGAAUGGGGUUUCGAGAAAGAGAAGACAGGAACUGCAGCACGGCAUUCCAAUCAAUCUUUGGACUCCAGGCAAAAGAGCGCUACCUGAUCUGCUGCUGAGUUCUUUCUGAUCCAUUGCUUGUUAAUUCUGCAGCACGGAUUUAACUUUUAAGAAGUGUUUUUUGGGAGAAGGUGACCAAACUGGCCCAACGUUUCUUCUGUUAGCCCUUGAUCUAUAGGCUCUAGCUUCCCCAGAUGUUUUCAUGACAUAAAAGGAAUCUUACUUGUACUCUCUAUCAUGGUGUCUUUCUGCAAUCAAUCUAAAUUUUCCCA